AUGGUAUUAAACAUAUCAUUUAUAAUACAUUAUAACAUUGUAAGAUCAAUUGGAGCAUUUAAAUUUUUCUACAAAGGAGAAUAAAAGAAAAAAAGUAAAAUUAUGUUAUCAAUACCUCGAAAAUUUAGCCAUUACUAUGCAAAGUUUUACCAAGAAUCAGUAAAAACUUAAAAGUAGAGUUAGUUAUACUAAAUUGAUGAUUCAAAAAAAAAAAGAGGGUUGACGGAAAUGCAAAAAAUCAAAAUUAGUGCAGCUUUGUUACUCUCGAUAUUUAAUUAAUGUUUUUAGUUAUAGAUCAGAUGGAUUAAAAGAACCCAAAAAAUGGAGAUAAAGAAGACUGAAGCCAAUAAUCGAAAUAAAUAAAAAUGUAUAAAUCGACAAAUUUAGAAUCAUAAAUUCCCUCAUACUUAGUCAUCUGGUUAUUUAAUAUACAGAAUAAUUUUAAAUUAGACUAAUUCAGUCAGUUUUCCCUUCGAAGUAGCAACUAUAGGGAAUUAAAAGAAAAAUUCAAAGAUUAGAGGACAAAAUAUAAACAGCCUUCCCAGUCAAAAUAGAAUUUAAUUCAAAUCAUUUUAAGGAAUAAAAGAACUAUAUUCAUUAUAAAUAUUCAAUAUUCAUAAAACCAAAUUAACAAUAAUAUCAUAGCGAAAUGAGCCAAGUGAAGAUUAGCCAUUCAAGUUUUCAUAAGUAUGA